UAACACAAAUCUUUUAUUUUAGGUAUCCCAAUAUUUUUCGGUUUAUUCCCCGAACUUUUAUCAACACUAUCCAUAGCAAAAUUAGCCAUUAUGAUUUAUUUCUUUGUGAUAUUUUUUUGGUGUUUCGCCGGAAGCCUUUACACAUUAAAUUCGUUCGUUUGGUCGCUUUUGGAGGAGUACCCAAAAUUGGCCAAAUUAAAAAUUUUAAUCUGUUCCGUUUUCUGCGUGGGUUGUUUCCUCCUAAACUUAUUAAUCCUUCGCACUAAUUUAGAAAGCAUUUACGAAACUUGGAUCCACAAUACUUGCAUCGUCGUCAAAGUAGCUUUACUAUUCUUCACACUUCUCGGAAUAUUUUUAUAUUCACUAAAUAGAAUCGCAAACGAUUACCAUUUUACUUACGGACAAAAACUUCACCCACUUUGGUUACACGGAAUUAAAGUCGCGAUGCUUUCGAUAAUGGUCAUAGUCAUUUUAAGAUUAACUUUUGCCCCUAUAAAAAAGAGAUUGGUGGAUAUCGUCGUGAUUUUAAGCGUUACUUUACCUACCAUAAUCGGUGCAAUUAUUGUUGUUGUUAAAUAUAAAACUGGUGGUGCUUCGAGUGUUAUCGCGCCCGAUCCUUCAUGGGGACCCACCAGUUUUAAAAAGAAAGUUGCUCGGAGUCGUUUUGACGCUAAAAGAGAACUUCGUUAUCGAUCUGCCAUUCAAAAAUGCAAACACGCUUGUUUAUUGAAUUCAUCAACGUUAGCAGCUGAAAUUAAAUAUUGGAAUAAUAAAAGAAAACUAGCUUAUGAGUUCGAUUCGUGA